AUGUUGAAUAAAUUUAGCAGAAUUUUAGCGUGUAAGUCACUGUUUAGUUUUUGUAGAAUUAAUGCAAGUGGAAAAAAUAUUGCAGCUGUUCGAAAUUUAUCGAUCACGUCCACUAGACUCGAGGAAAAAAAAAUUAAUGUUGAUGGUAUUGAUAUUAACUAUCUGAAAACUGGAGCGGGAAGUCAUCCCGUGCUCUUGUUACCCGGAGCUGUUGGAACUAUUUGGACAGAUUACAAGCCACAAAUUGAAGGUCUCAACAAGAGUGAGUUCACAAUAGUAGCAUGGGAUCCUCCAGGUUACGGAAAGUCGCGACCACCGGAAAGAGAAUUCCCAGCCGAUUUCUUCGAGCGUGACGCUAAAUACGCCUAUAAUUUAAUGAAGAUGUUGGGCUUCGCCGAGUUUUCUCUUGUUGGUUGGAGUGACGGCGGGAUUACUUCCUUAAUUCUCGCUGCGAACUAUCCUCAGAGCGUACAAAAGAUGGUCGUGCAUGGAUCCAAUGCUUUUAUACUGCCGCAUGAGAUGAAGAUAUACGAAAGUACUAAAAAUAUAGACACUUGGUCAGAGAGAAUGCGCGCUCCUCUUAUUGCUAUCUAUGGAGAAGAAUACUUCAGAAAAACCUGGACUGCUUGGGUUGAAGCUAUGGACAAAAUUUAUAAAAAUAAUAAUGGAGAUAUUUGCAAGAAUUCUGUUUCUAAAAUAAAAUGUCCUACUUUAAUUGUUCAUGGAAAAAAAGAUGUCCUGGUUGAUCAAUCACAUCCUGAGUACUUAAAAAAUAAUAUUUCUAAUUCAAGAGUUGAAUCACUGAAUUUUUUCCUUAAUAACUCCAUUUUUUUCCAUCAAAUAAAAUUCAGAAAAAUUCAUGUAGGUAUUCGAAAUUUAUCACUUACAAGUGAUAUUGAGGAACGAAAAGUAAAUGUUAAGGGUGUUGAUAUUAAUUAUAUAAAAACUGGAGCUGGAAAACAAACUAUUUUUUUAUUAACAAGUACUUUGGGAAGUAUAUGGACUGAUUUUAAGCCUCAAAUUGAAGGCUUGAAUAAAGAAAAAUUUACAAUAAUCGCUUGGGACCCGCCAGGCUAUGGAAAAUCUCGUCCACCAGACCGAGACUGUUCAGGAGACCAUUUUGCUCGUGAUGCUGAUUAUGCAUACGAAUUGAUGAAAACUCUGGGUUUUUCCAAAUAUUCUCUUGUCGGGUGGAGCGGAGGUGGAAUUACUUCAAUAAUUGCCGCCAGUAAAUACCCUCAGUGUAUUGAAAAGCUCGUUUUAGAAAGCACUGGAUUUUAUGUAACUGCUGAUGAACUAGUAAUUUAUCAAAGUAUGAGAGACAUUAAGAAUUGGUCUGAAAAAAUGAAGGGACCUUUGAUAGCUAUUUACGGGGAAGAUUAUGUGACCAAAGUUUGGGCAUCUUGGUUAGACUCAAUGGUUGAUGCUUAUGAAAAUAAAAAUGGGGAUCUCUGUAGCGAACAUAUUUUUAAAGUAAAGUGUCCUACGUUGAUCAUACAGGGAAGAAAAGAUGUUAUUGUUUAUCCAAAGCACGCUGUUGUAAUGAAUGAAAUCAUCCGUAAUUCAAGACUCAAAAUAUUUGAAGAUGGAGGACACAAUGUGCAUUUAAAAUAUCCUGAUGAAUUUAAUAAAUUAAUUACAGAUUUUUUUUUAGAAGAAAAUUAA